CUGUCAGUUGAUUUUCACAUGCUGAGAAAUUAACAACUAUAUAGGUUGAGGUGAUAUACUUUAAAUUAAACAUAGUACCUACUUAUACUCAAGCGAAGCGGUGAGAUAAAUUGAAGAACUUAUUCACUAAGUAGGAAUAUAGUAGAGACCAAGUGGUGGUAGUGGUGAAUUAUACAAUAUAAUAAAAUAACUCCAAUCAGCCGCCCCCCUGGUUGAGCACGUUGUUUUUCAUUCAACAAAGCAGCUACAUAACAAUAUUUAAGAAGUUUUUGGUGGAAGUGCACUAAAUACCGAAUUAUGUUAUGUAAAGUGGCUAACGAAGAGUAAAGGCAUACGAAAGUGUUUGUGAUAUAAAGAUUCUGAAAUGUUUUGAAGUUGUGAUGAAAUUAAAGUGAAUUUUUUUCCUCUCGACGUCGAAGUUAGAAAACACAAUAAAAAGGUAAAUAAUACCAAAAUAGAGAGAAUAACUUAUACAAAUAAGUGCAAUUUAAUAAAUACACAUUUUUAUUAAAUAACAAAGGGCAGUGCUAUUACUGUAUCGUGCACUGAGGCCAGCGGCAGUGGCAGAGUUAAGGACAAGUGCGGUCGUUGGGACGAGACAAGGGCAAAGAAAUUUACAUUCGAGCAUACAUACAUACAAUUAAAGAAUUAAAUUGCGCGACGGUUACGAGUGCAAUUUUCUGAAGGCGAUUGUCAAAGCGUCAUUGCCGCAUUUAAAUUGGAAAAUUUUGCCAACAAUCACGCGCUUCUAUCGCCUCCCUGUAGCCGGUCGACACAAAAGUGCAAGUGAAAAUUUUCCACGGCCCGAUAUUUUUUGCAGUGCGAGCAUCCGUAAAAUGUUGACCGUAUCCAAAGGCCCCAGCAAGAUUGUCGCCAAAACACGCCGAGGUGUACCGCAAAAUUAUGAGAAGCUGUUUGAAAUCAAGGAGAGCGGUCGCAGAUCAUCUGAUCUAAAUAGUCCGGAGAAGAAAAAUGCCCCACGUCCUGUCUUCAAAAAAUCUGCUUCCAAUGGACGACAAAUAGAAGAAGUUUCAUUAACACCGCAACAUGAGGAAAUUGUACAAUACAUCAAUGACUCUUGGAAUGUCAUUGUGGCGCAUAAUCCCUACGAUUCAGCGUUUGAUGGCAAUGGGCAUGCUCAACCGGCGGACUCCAACAACAACUCUGCCGGCUCAUCCAUCGCAUCCACCUCAACAUCAUCCGCUGCCUCAUCGGUGUGUACUUCACCACAACCGACCGCAUCGAUUUACUGCAUCGAACCGCCCAGCCCAGUGUUGAGCGAUUUCAAGCCAUUCGACUUAGUGACCUGGUGGUAUGAUCGCCUCUGUGAUGUAAAGAGCACGUGAAGUGUGACCAACUAAAAUUUGACUGAAUAACACUCCAACGCAACAUUUUUUCUACUUACAUACUACAUAUCCACGGAAAAAGGUAAAUUUUAUUAUCGCUUCCCACAAACUAGCUUAUGAGAAAGUAGUUCAAAUAGAACAAAAAAUGCUUCCAAUACAUACGUAAAUACUUAUUUUGGCUUCAUUGAGUACCUAUGUAUGUAUAUAAA